CAAGGAAACGCAUUUGUGCUUUUGACUUCUCUCUUCACUGCGAAGAAUGGAGAAUCUAUGGCGAGCAGCGACGGGUCAGGAUCCGAACCCGGACGACUACAAGGACAUCGAGUUCUGGUCCCAGCCGGAGCGUACUGGCUGGCUCACCAAACAAGGUGACUACAUCAAGACCUGGCGCCGCCGCUGGUUCGUGUUAAAGCAAGGCAAGUUGUUGUGGUUCAAGGAUCCAUACUCCGUCAACCGCAGCUCUACCCCUCGCGGCGUUGUUUCGGUCGACACCUGUCUUACCGUCAAGGGCGCCGAGGAUGUUCUGAAUAAGCCCUUCGCCUUCGAGCUCUCGACUGGGCAAUCCACGAUGUACUUUGUUGCCGAUUCCGAGAAGGAGAAAGAGGACUGGAUCAAUUCGAUCGGACGAUCGAUUGUGCAGCACUCCCGGUCCGUCACCGAGUCGGAGGUCCUCGAUUACGACAGCCGAAAGCGGUGAUUUCUACUCUUAAACCUUCUCUUGUAUUUUAUAGAAUUUGAUAUGUGGAAUAAACCGAAGUAGUUCUGAAUUUCUUUUUCAAUUGCAACCUAGUUCUCUGUUUAUUUUUCUUUAAUUUUGGGAACUCAAUUUCUAUUUCGU